CCACUUGCGCCCUUGCAUUCACUCAACACUGGAACUGGAGACUGGGCUGCAACAGUGUAGUGUAAGGUGGACAGAAUGCACGGUGACAGAAAGGGAUACGCAUUAAGGUUUUGAUCAGUUAACAUCACCAUGAUGGAAAACACGAGUGACAAGUUUUUCUACGUGUACAGUUCUUCGUUAGACAACAGGAUACAAAUUAAGAUAGGCACAUUGGAGGGCGAGAGGCACAGGCCGGAGUACAACAAGCUGCUUCUCGAUCCCCUACUCAAGUACUCGGGUCUGUACGAGACUGGUGGAGUUCGUGGUGACUUAACAGCGUCCCUACAGGUGUGGGCCGGUGGCAGACCCUUGGCCCUGCCAGUACACACAGCCUACAAGCACUUUGUGUCACGUUGGAACUGGAACCAAUGGGUCACUCUGCCGAUCUCUUACACGGAUCUACCACGUGACGCACAGCUAUGUAUAACUCUGUAUGAUUGCGGCGGGCCUGGCAGAAAGCUCCCAGUGGGUGGCACGACUAUAUCCCUGUUUGGAAAGCAUGGGGUGUUCCGGCAGGGCAUGCUAGAUCUCAGAGUGUGGCCUGGAGUGGAAGCGGAUGGAAGCGUUCCCACCAAUACACCGGGAAAGGCCAGGGACAACGGGAAGGAACAAAUGCAGAGACUCGCGAAACUCGUGAAGAAGCACAGAAACGGGCAGAUAAACAAAGUCGACUGGCUGGAUAGAUUGACCUUCCGCGAGAUCGAGGUGAUCAAUGAGAGGGAGAAGAAAGCGUCCGAUUACUUAUACUUGAUGAUAGAAUUCCCGGAGGUGACGAUGGAUGGCAUGCCGUAUUCGAUUGUGUAUUACGAGAAAGAUGGGGACGAGGUCUUUCAACAUAGAUCGCAGUCAGACGUUGUCAAGCUUCCUGACUAUGAAAUUUUACAGGAGAACCUUGUGGAAGCGAAACAUCAUAAAUUGGCCCGCAGCUUACGCAGCGGCGGCAACACCCGCGAAUUAAAGCCUACUUCGACCGUGCGGGAUGCCUUGAACACGAUACUAGGGUAUCCACCGACGACUGCGCUUUCGACCGAGGAACAAGAUUUAAUCUGGAAGUACCGAUUUUACUUGUCCAGCCAGAAGAAAGCGUUGACCAAGUUCGUCAAGUGCAUCAACUGGAAAGUUGCCGGCGAGGAACGUCAAGCAUUAGAAAUGUUGGCUCUGUGGGCUCCACCGGAUCCCGAGGAUGCCUUGGAGCUGUUAGGGCCCGCGUUCACUCAUCCGGCUAUCAGGAGAUACGCAAUCAGCAGACUCAACCAAGCCCCCGACGACGAUUUGAUGCUAUACUUGCUGCAAUUGGUGCAAGCGUUGAAAUACGAGGACUUUGAGAGCAUCAAGGCUGCUUAUCAGGUGAUGUUGAAAGAGAAGGAAGAUAAGUUGGAGCCGAGAAAUUGGGGUAGCGAGAAACUGGAUAAAAGUGAACGAUUGGAGAAAACGGAGAAAGUGGAAAAAUCCGAGAGGCUGGACAGAGACAUAAGGAAUAGCGAUUCCACGUCUACCCCGGUUACGGUGAGUCACGCACUAAUCAAAAUCGUAUUUUUAGCUGCUGUGUUGCGUCGCUAUCUUCAGUGUAAUCCUGUCUAUUUGCAGUCCAGCGAAUCGGAGAGCCAACUAUCGACGAGUCAAGAACCGCUGAUGGAUUUAGCGUCAUUCUUAAUUACACGCGCCUGUCAAAACUCGAUGCUAGCCAAUUAUUUCUACUGGUAUCUUUCCAUCGAGUGCGAGGACCAGGCGGAUCCCGCGAUAAGCGCCAAGCAAGAUACCCGAGUUAAAGAGAUGUAUGCAACCGUAAUGAACAUGUUCAACACGACGUUAAAGCUGGGCAAUAGCAUCUGGCAAAAACGAAGGGCGUUCCUCCAACGACAAAAGACGUUCAUCGAGCAACUGGUGUCUCUGGUGAAGGCGGUCGCGCGUGAGAGCGGAAAUCGCAAGAAAAAGACCGACAGACUGAGGGCGUUACUGACGGAUCCAGAUCCAACGAUGAAGUUUCCUUUCUCAGGUUUUGAGCCGAUACCUUUCCCCUUGGAUCCCGAGAUAUGCAUCAAAGGAAUUGUGUCACAAAAGGCAAGCCUCUUCAAAUCUGCACUCAUGCCAUCGAAACUCACAUUCAUGACGAUGGGUAACUCCGAAUACAUCGCCAUCUUUAAGCAUGGAGACGAUCUGCGACAAGAUCAAUUAAUUUUGCAAACGAUAGCACUUAUGGAUAAAUUAUUAAGGAGAGAGAAUCUAGAUUUAAAGCUGACUCCGUACAGGGUACUUGCAACGAGCACGAAACACGGUUUUGUACAAUUCAUCGAGUCCACAACUGUCGCGGAAGUUCUAGCCAGCGAGGGAUCGAUAUUGAACUUCUUCCGUAAGCAUCAUCCUUCCGAGACCGGGCCUUACGGAGUGGUGCCCGAAGUCAUGGACACUUACGUUCGCAGUUGCGCCGGCUACUGCAUAAUCACAUACGUACUCGGCGUCGGCGAUCGUCAUCUGGAUAAUCUGCUCCUCACGGCGUCAGGCAAACUUUUCCACAUCGACUUUGGUUACAUCCUGGGCAGAGACCCGAAACCGCUGCCGCCGCCGAUGAAGCUCAGCAAGGAGAUGGUCGAGGCGAUGGGUGGCGUCGGCUCCGAACACUAUCACGAAUUUCGCAAACAGUGUUACACGGCGUUCCUCCACCUGCGGAGACACGCCAAUCUGAUAUUGAAUCUAUUCUCGCUGAUGGUGGACGCCAGCGUGCCCGAUAUUGCUCUCGAGCCAGACAAAGCCGUGAAGAAGGUGCAAGACAAACUGCGACUGGACUUGAGCGACGAGGAAGCCGUGCACUAUGUGCACAAUCUUCUAGACUUGUCGGUCACCGCGGUGAUGGCUGUGCUGGUGGAGCAGCUCCAUAAAUUCGCACAGUAUUGGAGAAAGUAAUAAAAGGACGGGAAGAACGAAAUGUACAGCGAAGUGGCGCAAACUGUGUUCCUUUCUAUAAACGCGGAGAUUAUUGUUACAUUGUAUAUAGGACGACCACGUAUGUCUGUAACAUAUUAAUUUAUUGUAUUUUGGGAGUAUUUUAGCUAAUACAUCUUUGAUAAGAAUUAUAAGUUUUGUGCCUG